CGCGCGCGCGUCGACGCGCGUUCGAGUCCGCGCGCUCCGCGGUUCGCACGAGGCCACCUCGCCGCGUCCUUCCGCACGGCACCUCGAGACCGCAUCGCGCGCGUCGCGCCACCGGGCGGACUUCCUCACGCGGCGUCGCGCGAAGAAAUCGUUUAACAACGACUGCGGCGCCGACUGCGGCUCUGCACUGCAGCCUGCAGGCUCGCUGACUUGACGCGCGCGAGGACCUGGACUACAGAUUCUCGAUGGGAAGCGGCGCCGCGGAGGCGUCGUCUUCUCUCGGCACGCCUCCGCGCACCCCGGUCCACCCCGACGACGCCAUCCUCCUCGUCGGCGGGUACACGCACGCGGACCUCCUCGCGCACACGCCGCGCGACGUCGACGCGUCGCACGCGCGCGGAGUCCACGUCCUCCGCGUGUGCGGCGUCACGGGCGGAAUGACGCGACUGAGCACGAACGCGAUCGGACCGAACGUCGCGUUCAUCACGCGCUCGCCGACCAACCCGCAGAUUUUGUACGCGACGACGGAACGCAUCGACGACGAGGGUGAGGUGAUCACGCUGCGGAUCACGCCCGAGUUUACCCUCCGCGAGGUGAGCCGGGUGAAGACGGGCGGGCGGUCGACGUGUUACGUCAACUUUUGCAAAAAUAAGGAGUACAUGAUGGUGGUGUCGUACUGGGACGCGAAGGUCAGCAUGCUGAGGGUCGGGCCGGACGGACGGCCGGCGUCGCCGCGGAGCGUGAUCAUGCAACCGGAGGCAAAGUACGUGGACGAUAAGAGGCCGACGCGGGAGGAGCACUGGAAGUUUCGCCAGCGGUGGCCGCACUCGCACUGCUGCGUCACGGAGCCGUACACGAACCUCGUGCACUUCGUCGUCGACCUGGGGUUGGACCGCGUGUUCGCGUACCGCGUCUGCCGCGUCAGCGGGUCGCUCGUGUUGAAGGGGUCCGUGGGGCUGCCGCGCGGGAAAGGGCCGCGGCACCUGUUGUUUCACCCUACGCUGCGCACGGCGUACCUCGUGAACGAGCUCGACAGCACGGUGUCGUGUUUCAGGGUGAACCUUCCCGCGUCGUGGGUCUCUUCGGAGGCGACCGUGGCUGCGGCAGCGGACGCGGCGAUCUCAGCCCCGCCACCGAUGGAGCAGGAGUGCGACACGCCCGGCGCGGCGUUGGAGCUCAUCCAGUGCAUAUCGUCUUUACCCGUCUCAGAGCAAGGGAAGACGACGAUCACGCCGCAAGGGGUGUGGAAAGCGGCGUCGCACAGCAGCGAGAUUCGCAUGCACCCGAGCGGCGCCUAUUUCGUCGUCGGCAACCGCGGGCACGACUCGAUCGCGACGUACGCGGUGGAUCAGCGCACGGGAUCGAUCGCGCUCGUGGGCAUCACCCCGAGCGGCGGGGAGUGCCCGAGGAACUUCAACUGGACCGGCGGCGGGGCGUUCUUGGUCGUGGGGUGCCAAAACUCGAACAGGAUGUGCGCGUUUCGAUUCGACGCCGCGACGGGAUCGCUGACGCUCGCGGCGGCGCUCGAGGGGGUCGCGUCGCCAAACUACGUGUGCUCCGUGCCGAUGUCCGCGGUCCCGGAGCUCGUGACCGCCGCUGCUCCCGCGGACGCGACGCCGACGUGCGUGAACGACGCGAUCGCUCGCGUGAAGAGCUUCGAGAUUGGGGGGAUUCAUCACUCUCACCACGGGAGCGCGUCCUCCGAUUUCGACGUCGCGCCCGCGAGUCUCGUGCUGUGACGGGCGGACUUUCGAUUCGAUGCGACGACGGGCGAAGAGCCGACAGCGCGCGCCGCCGGCUCUCGCGUCCGAUAGCACGUGAGGUACUGCUCUGUGACGUCGUACUUUACGAGCCAGACGCGACUAUCGCGUCGGAAUGAAACAGUCACGAGAGUACUGAUCUUAUAUAGAAAGAAUUCACGCC